CUCCAACCUGAGGAACUGUCUAGUGUCGCUGCGCUAGCAAAUCCAUCGCUGCCAGUUCUUGUCAUGUUUUGAGAGCACCAGCGGUGUUUUUUACCCCCCCAGCUCACUGGAAUACAACGGGACAACACCACUCAAGGCUGCCAACGAAGUCUACGUCUGAAGGAGCUUAAAUUGCCGUGGGAAAAGACCAGUUAGCAGUUCAAAGUAUUCGCUCAAUGCCCCCCCAGUCGGCAAGAAUAGCCUUUCCAGUUCCCACAUCACAUCCAUGUUGACUGCGGCAGCCUUCGCACUGGCUCCUGGGCUACAAACACCACAAACCUCUUUGUUCUUCUGCGGACAAGAUCCGGCUAAAUUGUCGCGGGUUGUGGAAGGACCGUUGUAUGUUACAGUGUCAGUCUGAAGGAUUGUUUACGCGUUAAAAUGGCUGCUGGAAUAGCAUUUGGAAGAGAGUGAUCUUGGAUCAAUGCAGUAACGUUACAUUACCCAGCAGAGGCCAAACUGCAAAAUAAGCUACACAGGCUAACAAAUGAUUUAUUAGCUAGUUACAGUAUUCAACGAGUUAGCUGCUUUUAAUCGCUUUAAUCGAUGGUCGGCUUUUUUGGUAGGUUCCUCCAACAAGAGGCAGGGUGAGGGGAAUUCAUCCCACUCCAGAUCUAUGCAUGCGGUUAAACAAGCAGCCUUUUUUUUAAAAAACAAAAAACACUUAGCGAGCUAACAUUGCAUUUUCUUAGCCAUUUUGUUCCAAAGCUUUGCGACCAGGCUUAGCUCAAGCCUCAAUUUCAGUAUGCAUAACACUCAACGAAUAUGCAGGACUUCUUUGUUAUAAUAGAAACAGCCUGAGUAGCCGAGGCUCUCUCCCAAAGCAGACCCAAAGGCCCCGGUGUUACACUCGCCUUGGUCGACCUGGGGGAAGAAAAAAUGGAUCCUGGGGGGAAAUGUAAGACCAAACUCUUUCUUUUUGGACCCAAACUAGCCACCCACUGCGAUCUGCGGGGUAUCAACAGAUACUUAGUGGUGUACGUUUUGUUUUACUUUGUGCUGUUCACUCACGCCUCCCCGGCAAAACCGUGUGACAAGAAUUGUCUCUCUGGAAAAUGUGUCAAUGGAUCCUGCAUCUGUGACCGAGGAUGGGUUGGAGACCAGUGCCAACACUGCCAAGGGAGGUUCAAGUUGACGGAGCCUUCAGGAUACCUCACCGAUGGUCCAAUCAACUACAAGUACAAAACAAAGUGCACCUGGCUCAUUGAGGGCUAUCCAAAUGCGGUUCUUCGGUUAAGAUUUAACCACUUUGCCACAGAAUGUAGUUGGGACCAUAUGUACGUCUAUGAUGGAGACUCGAUAUAUGCUCCUCUGGUUGCUGUUUUCAGCGGUCUGAUCGUGCCAGAGAUACGAGGAAAUGAGACGGUUCCUGAGGUUGAGACAACUUCAGGCUAUGCACUACUACACUUUUUCAGCGAUGCUGCCUAUAACUUGACAGGAUUUGAAAUAUUUUACUCGAUCAACUCUUGUCCCAAUAACUGCUCUGGCCAUGGGAAGUGCACCCCCGGUAACUCAGUCGCCAGCAGAGUGUACUGUGAAUGUGACAAGUACUGGAAAGGCGAGGCCUGUGACAUCCCUUACUGCAGGAACAACUGCGGCAGCCCCGACCACGGCUACUGCGACCUCACCGGGGAAAAGUUGUGCGUCUGCAAUGACAGCUGGCAAGGCCCGGACUGCUCUCUAACUGUACCUUCAACGGAGUCCUUUUGGGUCCUGCCGAGUGUCAAGCCCUUUGGCACAUCACUCGCCAGAGCAUCCCAUAGGGCUGUUGUGCAGGAAAAGGUCAUGUGGGUUGUGGGUGGAUACACCUUUAACUACAGUUCCUUCCAGAUGAUUCUCAACUACAACCUAGAGAGUGGCAUCUGGAACACAGUUCCCAUCAAUAGUGGCCCUGUGCCAAGAUACGGCCACUCACUUGCUGCCUACCAGGAUGAUAUCUAUAUGUUUGGUGGGAAACUAGAGGCCGGCUGGGGAAAUGUGACAGACGAGCUGUGGGUGUUCAACGUACCCAGUCGGGUGUGGCAGCGUAGAAACCCUGUGGUUGGCCCACCGGCCCAGGCUCAGAUUUACGCUGUGGAGGGUCACUCAGCCCACUGCGUCCUGCUAGACGAGGGCGAGGCCGUUAUGCUGGUCAUUUUUGGCUACUCCCCCAUCUACAGCUAUGUCAGCAACAUUCAGGAGUACAAUCUGAGGUCCAACACAUGGUUGGUGCCUGAGACCAAAGGGGCCGUUCCUCAGGGAGGUUACGGCCACAGCAGCACAUAUGACACUGCCAGCGGCAGUGUGUAUGUUCAUGGAGGCUAUAAGGCUCUGCCUGCCAACAAAUACGGCCUUGUUGAUGACCUCUAUCGCUAUGACGUUAACACCCGGACAUGGUUCAUUCUGAAGGAGAGCGGCUUUCCACGGUACCUGCACUCAGCUGCGCUCCUCAGCGGCACCCUGCUCAUCUUUGGUGGCAACACACACAAUGACACGUCACUCAGCAACGGGGCCAAGUGUUUCUCUGCUGACUUCCUCGCCUAUGACAUUGCUUGUGAUGAGUGGAGGCUCCUGCCUAAACCAGACCUGCACCGGGAUGUCAACCGCUUUGGUCACUCUGCCGUGGUCAGCAAUGGGUCCAUGUAUGUGUUUGGGGGCUUCUCCGGCAUGCUGCUCAACGAUGUGCUUGUUUACCGACCCCCGAGCUGCCAGGCCUUCUUGGCAGAGGAGGGGUGUACAAAGGCCGGGCCAGGGGUCCGCUGCAUCUGGAGCAGAGGCCGCUGUCUCCCCUGGGAACCCAGCAUGGCUAAUGGAAGCCUCAAUUCUGCACCAUUCUGCCCCCCUAAAGCUAUCACAGUGGACGAGCGGUGCUACCGGUUCUCAGACUGUGCCAGCUGUACUGCCAACACUAAUGGGUGCCAGUGGUGUGAUGACAAGAAGUGCAUCUCUGCCUCCAGCAACUGUACCUCUAAUGUGAAAAACUUCACCCUGUGUCCGGUGCGGAACGAGCAGGUGUGCAGCAAGCUUGCCAACUGCAAGAGCUGCUCGCUGAAUCUCAACUGUCAGUGGGACCAGAAUCAGUCAGAGUGCCACGCUGUGCCUGCCCAGCAAUGCAGUGAGGGAUGGAGCCAGGUGGGAGAGGCCUGCCUUAGGAUCAACUCUAGCCGUGAGAGUUAUGACAACGCCCAACACUAUUGCAAGAACCUCAACGGAAACAUCGCCUCACUCACCACCUCCAAACAAGUGGACUUUGUGCUUCAGGAGCUAAAGAAGCUACAGCAACAAGACAAGCGGCUGUCACCCUGGGUGGGCCUCAGGAAAAUCAACGUGUCAUACUGGGGUUGGGAGGACAUGUCCCCUUUCACCAACAGCAGCCUGCGCUGGCUGCCUGGCGAGCCCAGUGACUCUGGUUUCUGUGCCUACCUGGAGGAGCCUCAGGAGUCAGGACUUAGGGCCAAUCCAUGCACUGCCACUUCGCACGGCCUCAUCUGUGAAAAAGCCACAGGAAACCCCAAUCAGAGUACCCGUCCAUCCUGUAAGAAGCCUUGCUCGCUGCACACCAACUGUGCCAACUGCACCAGCCAGGCCAUGGAGUGCAUGUGGUGCGGCAGUGCGCAGCGCUGUGUCGACUCGACUGCCUAUGUCAUCUCAUUUCCCUAUGGCCAGUGUCUGGAGUGGCAGACUGGAGAUUGUGUGGCCCAGAACUGUUCAGGCCUGCGGACAUGUUCCCAAUGCUUGGAGCAGCCUGAGUGCGGCUGGUGCGGAGAUCCCAGCAGCACGGGGAAGGGUCUCUGCAUGGAGGGCUCCUAUAGGGGGCCGAUGAAGAGACCGGCAAAGCAGGGCCUGCAGGGCCAGUCCCUGGACAUGAUCCUGGAACCGGGCAGCUGCCCCAAAGACAAGGGCUAUGAGUGGGCCUUCAUUCACUGCCCUGCAUGCCAGUGUAACGGCCACAGCACGUGUGUGAACAGCAGCGUGUGCGAACAGUGCCGUAACCUCACCACCGGUCCCCACUGCCAGACCUGCAUGCCUGGUUACCAUGGAGACCCGACCAAUGGCGGCAAAUGCCAGGCCUGCAAGUGUAAUGGUCAUGCAAGUGUGUGCCAGGUGUUAACUGGCAAGUGCUUCUGCACAACCAAGGGGAUCAAAGGAGACCAGUGCCAGCUAUGUGACUCAGAAAACCGUUACCUUGGCAAUCCACUCAGAGGAACCUGUUACUACAAUCUCCUGAUCGACUACCAGUUCACCUUCAGUCUCAUCCAAGAAGAUGAUAAUCACUACACUGCCAUCAACUUUAUGGCCUCGCCUGAGCAGACUAACAAGAACUUGGACAUGUCCAUUAACGCAUCCAACAACUUCAACCUCAACAUCACCUGGUCGGUGGGAUCAACAGCUGGAACCAUCUCUGGAGAAGAGGUGCCCAUCGUGUCCAAAACCAACAUCAAGGAAUACAGAGACAGUUUCUCCUGUGAAAAGUUCACCUUUAGAAGCAACCCCAAUAUUACCUUUUAUGUCUACGUCAGUAACUUCUCAUGGCCCAUCAAGAUCCAGAUUGCUUUCUCCCAGCACAACAGUAUCAUGGACCUUGUCCAGUUCUUUGUGACAUUUUUCAGUUGCUUUCUGUCACUACUCCUGGUGGCAGCAGUGGUGUGGAAGAUCAAACAGACCUGCUGGGCUUCACGACGGAGAGAACAACUGAUGAGAGAGCGUCAGCAGAUGGCCAGUCGUCCAUUUGCAUCAGUUGCUGUUGCACUGGAUGCCAGGGGAAAACAAACAGAACCGUUGCAGCCUAUGGUUGAUGGUGCACCUAAACCCGUUGCGAUGGAGCCGUGUUCAGGAGGCAAAGCUGCUGUGUUGACCGUCCUCGUGCGUCUGCCCUCUGGGCCCUCAGGCUUACCUCCACCAGGACAGUCAGGACUCAUCGUUGCCAGCGCACUGAUAGACAUUUCACAACAGAAACCAACAGAUUUUAAGGACAAGUCCCAGGCUUCAAAAAACCGAAAAGCCCUUCCUCCAGCACACCAAGGCACCUGCGUUUGAGUUUCAACCUGUCAAUCCAUUGGGUCCCUUUUUAUACCAUCUGAGGUCACAUUGUUCCAACAUGCCGCAGGUCCCGGUUGGAGGCCUUUUCAGAGACAAGACAUGGCUACAUGUAGAAGAUUCUAUUCGGCUGCUACCACUCAAGUUUUCACUGAAACUUGCCAAGUCCCGAGAGCACAACCCUUCUUACCUUUCUUUCCCAAAUGCUCUGCUCUGCACUGCUCUGCUCUGCAAGUCUUCUGGUCAGAUGAUCAGGGAACGAUUUCACCUCCAUCUGCCGCGCCCACCAAAUCUCUUCCCUUCAGCUUGGGCAGUCGUCAUGGCAAAACCUGUGCUAAGAGGGGAACCUGCCUGAUCGCUGGCCGCAGUGACAUCAGAGACAGAUUCUGAGGAUCUGAACCGAAGCUUCAGUCGAAAAUAUGUUGUGACAUCUCCAUUGUCCAUUUGCUCAGCGUGAGGAAAGGAAAUGUGUCUGCACAUUGGGUUAUAUCAAAGUUUAACUGAUUUCCCUCGCACCAUGUUGGAAGUACAACAGAUGGUUUAAAAAAAAAAAAAAAGUCUGGUAGAUAACCAGUCCAUGCUGCCUAUGGGGUUUUUGUUUGUUUGUGUCUUUUUGCUUGCCAACAAGUGGUAUUCUAAGGUGCUAAAGCAUUUAGUUCCUAUGACUAGCCUGACUCUUUACUCAGCCUUCGCUCUAUGAACUGAAUUCAUUCUGCCUUUUUGUGGGGAAAAGCUAUGCGCUAAGCCAUGACUCUUUUAACCCCCCCCGAUAGUGUUUUGACAUCUAGAGUAUUACACUACAUUUGCCAAUUAGCAUUAUUGAUCUGUUUUAGCAUUUACUGUACAUAUGUAUCAUCCACCCAGCUGAAGCUAAAGUCUGUAUUUUCUGUGGAGUACAUAUAAAAAGGCUGCAGAGACUGCAAUCACUACCAGCAGCAUGUGGAUGAAGAGGAGGAGGCACGAACAAAUCAUCAAGUCAUCGAACUAAAGCAUGGAGAACUCCCAAACUUUGGAAAAAGAUGCAUUUUAUUAGCAAACUGGAAGUUUCCUUGGUUACAAAAAGUUUUGUUUUCAGCGUGUUCACUGUUAAAGAAGUUACGAAGUUCUGGUCAAUUCUUUACUGCAGUUUGUUAUUGUAUCAUUUUGCUGUGCAACUUGGACACUGGGGGUUUGGAACUUGUCCUUGGAUUGGUGUGGUGGGUGGAUGCCAUGAGAAAAAGACGUCUGCAUAAUAAAAUUAGACCAGGGACAUCGUGCUCCUCUGGCUGUUUACUAGUUUGUUUUGUACGUUUUUUUAAAGAGUCCUCUGAAGCUACGACUUUAUUUCCAUCUUUGAGUACAAGGAGUUACUUUACCUUUUUAUAAUGCCUUGGCUUUCCAUGAACUCCUAAGGAGGGGGGGGCAUGUUGAUCUGCAGAAUUUUAAAAAGCUGUCGACCAUUUGUAGCCCCGAGUCCACCCUGAGCUGUACAGUGUCUUGUUGGAACAAAUGUGAGUCUUUGUCACUCUUAUCUCUUGAGAUUUCAUGUGUUUGUCAGGUUUUUAUGACAGAAUGGACAAGAGAUUAUCAUUUAUUUUAAGCCUUGUCACCUGUUACUAUUAUAUCUAUGAUAAAUUGUAAGUCUUUUGCUACACUUGUGAAAAGAGCAUUUCUGUUAAUAUUUUGUUUUGAUAUUUAACAGAUUCCUGUGUAAUAGCGCAUUUAACUUGAUUUUAUUGCUGACUUAAAUCAGUUGACGUAACGUCAACCCCUUUUUGAAUUGUGCAUCUUUAAGGACUGUACGGGCAUUGUCUUUUUGUUGCGAAGUAGUCAUUUUGAUGCAUUUCAUAAGGAUAGUAUGCCAGCUAAUGUGUUUUUAUUUUGUGUUUGUAGAGUAAUCCUAUAACAGUGUCAUUACACAGGAAUCAGGGUCUCACUGUACCGUGAAAAAAAAAAAAACUGCAUAUCAGUAAUCUUCAGUGUAUUUUAAAGAUGGACAACAUGCCAGAAAAUAAAAAAAAACAGACCUGAAA